GGCGAGAGGAGGAAGAGGGCCCGGGGAGCGGAGCGGGAGCUGGCGGCGCCAUUUUGUUUUUUUUUGAAAGUUGGGCCGUUAGCGGCGGUUAGGAUUUGAACCUUUUCCCUCUUCCCCCCCACGGGCCGGGCGGCAGAGGCCGGCACUCGGAGGCGAGGAUGAGCGGCCUGGACGUCAAGCGGUUGAAAGUGGCCGAGCUCCGGCAGGAGCUGCAGGAGCGCGGGCUCGACACCCGAGGCCUGAAGGCCGAGCUGGCGCAGCGGCUGCAGGAGGCCCUGGACGCCGAGAUGCUGAACGACGAGGCGGGCGGCGACGAGCCCAGGCCCAGCAAGACCUACGGGCCGAGCCCGACCGACGGCGACGAGGAAGCGGGCGACGACGACAAGCUGAUGCUGGAAGAAGACGAGGAGGACGAGGAGGAGGAGGAGGACGAGGAGGAGGAGGAGGAGGAGGACGGGCCGGCCGAAGAGGAGGACGGGCCGGAGCCAGCGGCGGCACCAGAGCCCGGCGAUGAGCCGCGGCCUAGCGAAGAGGAGGAGGAGGAGGCAGGGGUGAGGGCCGGCGAGGAGGAGCAGCAGCAGCCCGAGGCCCCGUGCCAGGAGGUAACGGAGGCCGAGGCGCACCAGCCUGUGAAGGCCGGCCCGGAAGAGGAGGCCGCGCCGGAGCAGCAGCAGCCCGAGGCCGAGCAGCAGAACGGAGACAAGCCGCAUGCUGCGGCUCAAGCCGGUAAACAGAACAGCGAAGCUGGAGAGGGUGUGAGUGAGCAGCGCGCGUCGGGCAGCGAGGGACGGCCACCCGAGUCUGAGCGUCGAGGACAGAAGCGACGCCACGAAGACCGUGGUCGUGGUUACUAUGAAUUCCGGGAGGAGACAAACUACAACCGGGGCAAGUCCCCCGUGCCUGCGGCGAAUGUGGAGGCCGAAGAAGAAUUCGAUGACAGUUUAGUUUGUCUCGACACCUAUAACUCCGAUCUUCACUUCCAAGUGUCGAAGGACCGCUACGGUGGGCAGCCCCUCUUCCCCGAGAAGUUUGUCUAUCUCUGGGGUGGUGCACGGGCGACCUAUGGCGUGACGAAGGGCAAAGUCUGCUUUGAGGUGAAGAUGACCCAGAAGUUCCCUGUGAAGCAGGUGACUGAGAAUGAAAAUGAACGACACCUUGUGCGUGUGGGCUGGUCGCUGGACAGCUCCUCACUACAGCUGGGGGAUGGUGAGCUUUCCUUUGGCUACGACGGAGCUGGGAGAAAGUGGAGAAACUCCGUGUUUGAGAAGUACGGAGAAAAGUUUGAUGAAAAUGAUGUCAUCGGUUGUUUUGCUGACUUUGAUGGCGAGGAAGUGGAGCUCUCUUUUUCGUUGAAUGGUGCGUGUCUCGGGGUUGCCUUCACAGCCAGCAAGGAGUCUUUGGGCGACAAGGCAUUGUUCCCGCAUGUCCUGACUAAAAACUGUGCAUUGGAGUGUAACUUCGGUCAGAAGGAGGAACCGUUCUUCCCUGUUCCAGAGGAUUACACUAUCAUCCAGAACGUUGCCCUGGAGGACAGAGUUCAUGGAGCAGUUGGGCCCAAGACUAGGGAUGCGUGUGAGGUUCUACUGAUGGUUGGCUUGCCAGGGGUUGGUAAGACCACCUGGGUGAAGAAGCAUGUGGCUGAGAACCCAGACAAAAGAUACAACAUACUGGGAACCCUCAACAUGCUGGAGAGAAUGAGGGUCAAGGGGCAGGAUGGUCCCGAAAUGAGCGUGGCACUUCGGAAUACGCUGAUCCAGCAGGCAACCCAGUCUUUGAACAAGCUGAUCCAGGUUGCCGCUUGCAAGAAGCGCAACUACAUCCUCGAUCAGAGCAACGUGUACAGCUCGGCCCAGCGGCGGAAGAUGAUCCCGUUCAAAGGCUUCUCCCGCCAGGCGGUGGUGAUCUGCCCGAGCGACGAGGACUGGAAGGCCAGAAUGAAAUUGCGACUGGCGGAGGAGACCGAGGACUUGCCGGACUUUGUACUGCAUGAAAUGAAAGUGAACUUUACGUUCCCGGAGACGAGUGACUUCCUGGACAAGGUGACUUACGUAGAGCUGGAGAAGGAGCAAGCCGGCAAGCUGAUGAGCAAAUAUAAGGAGGAGGCGAGGAAAGCCCGGCCACAGCAGGAGAAGCGGCAAGACCGGCGUAAUUACCGUAACCGCAACGACCGCGACAGGAACUACGGUGGCAACCGCAUGGCCAGAUGGGACAACAGGAACUACGAUCGGUCGGCAUAUGGUCAAGGCUGGGGUCCAGCCUAUGGCAACAACCCGGCAUACAGGGAGGAUUACCACAAAGCCUACGACCGCUACAGGCAGCAGUAUGACCGGGGUUACACGCAGGGCUACGACUACCCCAGAUAUCGGGACUAUUAUCGCGAAUACGCUCGUGAGUGGAACCGCUACUACGACGAUCGAAACCGUUACUACGACGAUCGAAACCGCUACUACAACAACUACAACAACUACUAUGGCUACCGAUGAAAGAGUGACUGUACGCGUGCGUCCCUAGCCCGUCUCCGACAUAGUUUCAUUCCAGUGGAGCGCCAGGUGGCUGUGGGGCUUUUACUCAUCCUUUUGGCUAGUGUUAGAUGUUCUGUUUUUAAUUUUAUUUUUUACUCCUUUUAACAAAGUGAGUGCCUGGCUUUACGGAGCAUUUCAGCUUCUUCAGCAGACGAACCGCAGUAUCUAAUCUGGAAUGUAUAAAACAGGCUGGCCCACUUCCCCUGAUUGUGCACAUGCCUAUGUUAUUACUCUGUCACUCACUCACACACACACACACACACAGUCUCUCUCCCCCUCAUACAUACAAAUCCUUCAUUGACUCCCCCUUUGUACUGCUCUGCGGGUGAUUUACCCCCCCCCCCCAUCCCUGGGAGUGACGUUCCAUAGCACUGGCAGAUUCCUGAUUUCUGGGACGGGAUGAUGGAGGUUCGGUGGGGCUAGGGGGGUGGUUGAGGGUGUUUUUCCUGUGCUCGCUUCCAUGAUCGAUUAUCAUUGGCUUCGGAACCUUGGAUGGCAAGCAGCCCUCCGUCCCGUGCCAGCGGGCACCGUGGUACGGAGCCAGACGGACGGCUAACCUUCUUUAAGUCCUAAGAGCGCCAAGGAGGCAUUGAAUGAAACCUGGCUUCCGGUGGAAAGGGCGUGCACAGCUGUGAAACCACCCAGGUCUGCCUUACUUUCCUGUGCUGUCACUCACCCCAAAGGCUUUCAGUUUGGAAGCCUAAGGCCACCAGCUCACCGGGACGGUACGGCAGCUCUGCUGGCAAUCCUGAAAUUCAUGAAACCAAGGAGCCUUUUUUUGUUUUCUUUUGGUUUUUUGGUUUACAGCGUGCCCUGAGGCAGGCGCUGGGAUUCUGCCGACCACUCUCUUCAUCUCCACCACCCCCCCACCCGCCAUUCCUAAACCACAUCGAGCUUCCAGAAUCAGCAGAACCCCCCCCCCCCACUUCCCGGAAUUCCCUGUGGGGUCUGCACAACCAGCACUUUUGCCAGCACAUAACACAGACCCUGUCUCACCCUGAGUCCGCCCUCACCCACCUGCUCAGAUCUAGGCUGCCCUGAAGCUGAACCUGACACUGGCACCUCCCCCUAAAGCCGGCACCUCCUGCAAUUCACGGCUUGAAGGCUCCAGAGCUUUGCGUGGGAGCCUGCCGGCCAUAGUAGCCCGUCACAGGAUGGCAGCCACUGUGCCCCUUCACUGGCGGAGCAGACCCCGGGGGAGGGGGGGGCACUGGUUGGCGCAGUGACCGCUGUGUUGUUGGGACUUUGUACUUGAGCUCAAAUUUGGUGGCAAGUGGAGAGUGAUCACUGCUGCGAUCGUGGGAGCAGGGGCUUAAAAAUGGCUGGUUAUGAGAGUGCACUGUGAGUUUGUAUGUCUCCGCUCACUAAUAGAUGGUCCUUCUAUGUGGCUGUAGAGACUCUAAGGUUUUUUUCUUGAGUAGCCAGUACUCAAGUAGUCAAGAUCAGGUUGGCUCAGGGUGGAAGGGAUUCAAAUUUUCCCCCUGCCAGUUUGGGAUGGGUUUGUUUCCGGUGGCUUGGCUUGGCCAGGGAGACGGGUUAGUUCAGGUGGGGGGUGGGGGGGAGGUGAUGCGGUUUCGUAGGCAGGAGGAGAUCCUCUCUUAGUUUUAGUCUGGUUCUUCUGUUCUUUGUCGCAGUAACUGUUAGGCUGCUUGCCUCCCGAGCGAGCCGGAGGGGUCUCGACAGGCCCCGGGGCGUAGCGGGGGGGACGGGGUGCAAGCACCACAGUGCACUCGCUUUGGGUAUUCACAGCGCUUUCAACUUUGUACAGUCUCCUGCCAUGGCCUUCCAGCAAGCUUUUUUUUUGAUUCGUCUGCGUGUGUUUCUUAAUUUUUACAGAAAAUUUUGCUUUAAAAAAAACUCGAGUGAUGUUUCCAAUCAUCAGCGUGCAGGUUAUUAAUUGUAUGAUGCAGCCUUUUUAAUGUCAAGUUUAGGGGAGUUUAGGGAGGGAGGGGUGGAAGGGGUGGGGCAUGGUGGGAGGGUAGAGAUGGGGCCGUUUUUGGUUAAAUAAGUUCACCAUUCCUUCUGAUUUCCUUUCCUUCCAAUCACUGCGCCGUGCGAUGGUGCUGGAGGAAGGGUUCUGUGGCUGGGUUAUGGCAUAAAACCGGCCUUGCUCCCGACAGCUGUGGUCUUCUGAUCUGCGACCGCACUUAACCGGCCUCCCUGGUGUGUUAACCGGGAAUGCUUCCCGUCGAUAGCAGUCCAGUAGGGGAGGAGAGCACAGUAGGCAAGUAAAACAAGACUGAUAGAGGCAAAGCACUACUUUCUGGGCUCCCUCCUCAGUCAGUACCCACGUGAAGUGUCCUUUCUAAUCAUAGGACUUGGCAGAACCUUUUAGACUUUCAAAGGAUAUUUGGAAGCGGGCGAAUGGAAGCAGAGAGAGUUAAAGUGUUUAGCGCAAUGGUUUGGCUCCUUAUCCUGUGGUUAUAGUCUUUUAAAAAUUCUCAAAUUCUGCACAGGUCGUAUACAGAUACUGUACAUAUCUUUUCUAGAGUUAUUGGGAGUCACACGGAAGACACGGUGAGAGAGAGAACGCUGUGACCUCCUGGCAGCAGCCGCCGUCUCCCGCGUGCGUGUGUGAGAGAGAGCUGCAAAGGAACGCAGGGCUAGAUCCCGUAGCAGAAACCUGGCCCCUCGAACGUCACCAAAUUUGUGCUUUCUUGGGCAAUCACCAAAGGCUGCUCGGGCGUGUUGUACCAGUGCAGUUCCCUGUUCUUAGCUGCUUUGUGUGCCCUUAUUGUUCACCGCCGGGUGUCGUGUGUGUGGUCCCCGAAAGCACAGGUAGUCCCAUCCCACGGUCUCCUGCGGCCUUUAUGUCCCUACACCUCUCCGCUCCCCCGUCCUGCGCAAGUGACCAGUCCUCCUCCAGCGUGCUGGAAGGUCAACUCUUGUGUCCGUAAUGGGUGUCUUCCUUUCACCCCCACACUCCCCAACUUUGCCCGUGCCUCCACCGCCAGCCAUCUCUCCCCACUGCUCAAACAGAAGUUGGUGCACUCAGUCUGUAACAAACCUCCAACUAACCCUGCCUACCGUUGAAGCACUUGCUGGAUUUGACACGGCACUUUGCCCCUGGACCUGUCUUUGCUUCUUCUUUCCCCACCCCCUGAACAAAUGUCCUGUCUCCCCCGCCCCCACCCCGGUCAUUUUCCAAGACACCAAACCCACUGAGCUCCUCCCUGUGAUUGAGUCAGUGUUUAGCACGAAAUGAAGUGUACGUUUACAUUCAAACUGUCUGGGAUGCACUGUCUCUUGUCAGGUGUCAUUCGUUCAGUGUGUGGGAUACAAUUUCUUUUCAAAAGAAAAGCCAAUCUUUUGUGUAAUGUGCAGGAAAUGUUCACAGUAACAGAGAAUGUCUCCAUGAAUUAUGUUUUCAAAAAUUGGAAAGGUAGUGCUACCACUUAAUUGACCCCAGGAUCUGCUCUGGAGCCCUUGUGAUAUGCCACUAAUUGAGCCAGGGGUCGUUGGGAUAUUUGGCCUUUGAAAGACACGGUGUGCACCUUGUCACAAGAGGGACAGGAUUACCGCCAGCUGGAAUAUAACACCAGGAUAAUGAGCUGAACACAAUCUAAAACAGUCGCCCAAGCUCCCAUCUACCUGAGCAGUGCCACCAGGGAGUGGCCAGUUCCACACACACACAGAAAAAGGCACUUAGAAGCCAAAUCUGAUCGCCGUCCCAAAACUGAGUCCUAUAAUUACAACUGACACUUCACCACAGCUCUUCCAUCGGGUGUGAACAGACUAUGUCGCCGACCCGGCUUUACAGAGUGAAACCCUGAAGACCACACUCCCACCUUGGCCCCAGUUCAGUCUUCUCAAUUUCUAAUGCUGACUUGCAUCUGUUUUUAACUCUGGGUGGGACGGAGCGAGGGUGGGUGGGGGUGGGGGGGGAGGGAGAGCCUAUUGGCGAUGCAGGCAAAUGGGACUGUCUGGUAUAAUAAAUGUGUGUACAAUGGAGUUUGUGUCUGUAAUUGGGCACAGCGCUGCCUAGCGGUAGUGAAAUGUUAAGGUAGUAUAAAACUGAGAGAUUUUAAAUGAAAAAACUCAGUAAAUAAAAGGAUUUGCUGUA